AUGUCCUAUUGGUUGGGGCUGCCACGCCUCCCUCCGUACCGGCGCUGCACUUCCGCUGGGUAUCGCGUUCCGCAGGCUCCGAGUUUCCUCUACCCGCUCGGCGCCAUGGCGUCUCAGGGUCCUCGGAGGAGGCCGCCGCGAAGGCCCGGGACGGUGGUGCGGGGAGAGGCGGCGGAGACCGACUCGGAGCUCUCGGCGUCCUCGUCGGAGGAGGAGGAGCUCUACCUCGGACCCUCGGGCCCGACGCGCGGCCGCCCCACCGGGCUGCGGGUGGCCGGGGAGGCCGCGGAGACGGACUCUGACCCGGAGCCGGAACCGACGGCCGCGCCGAGGGACCUGCCGCCGCUCGUGGUGCAGCGGGAGACCGCCGGGGCGGAGGCCUGGGGGACGGAGGAGGCCCCGGCGCCCGCCCCGGCGCGCUCGCUGCUGCAGCUCCGACUGGCCGAGAGCCAGGCGCGCCUGGACCACGACGUGGCGGCCGCCGUGAGCGGCGUGUACCGCCGCGCGGGCCGCGACGUGGCCGCCCUGGCCGGCAGGCUGGCGGCCGCCCAGGCCACAGGGUUGGCAGCCGCCCACAGCGUGCGCCUGGCGCGGGGAGACCUCUGCGCGCUGGCCGAGCGCCUGGACAUCGUGGCCAGCUGCUGCCUGCUGCCUGACAUCCGCGGCGUGCCCGGGACCGAGCCCGAGCAAGACCCAGGACCGCGGGCCUAG